AGUAACAUAGUAGGUUGUGUACCCGCAGUAGUUCGAUAUUUCUUUCUCUUGCUUGAAGGACAGGGGAAAACCGUUCGAAGCCGUCCGUGCGUCUGUGUACUUUUCGGAAGGUUUUUCUCUCGCGAUCGCCCGGUGCAUUUCCAGUUGCAUCGCAGAUGCAGAUUCUCCCACUGUUUCCGUGUAUGCUUAAUAGUGGUGUUUGCGUAAGGAAAGCUCCUAAAAAUCUAAACCAAAAGGAUCAGUGCAACAUGUUAGACAAGUGUCAAAAUUUGACGAAACAACGUAUAUGAAUUGGAUAAUUUUUGAAGCAUACUUGGAUUUCGUUUUUGAUCGUUCAUCUGACGUGUGUGGUGCCAGUGGCAAAUGGAGAGAGUGACAUAAUAACAAAAAUACCAUUAGUGCAACAGUAUACAUACAGUAAAGCAGGCGUAUCGAAGUUAUUGAUGAUUUUUUUUACUAGCAAUCAAACACAUCCUGGAUUAAAAUUAUACUCAUGCUGGUGGAUGAAUGUACAUGCUAUGAGAGUAGCCUACACUUAUGCAUUGAAAACAGUGGUGUAAUCAAAGAUAAAUCGUUGAAUAAUAAAUGAGGAAGAAAAUACAGUGAUUGAUGGAAUGAGAUUAAACAGAAGCGUUUGUGUAACAGUGCAUUGCAACAGUUGUUAACGAAAAGAAUAUCUGUUGUUGGCUUCUGGUAAAAUCAAUCCUAAUGAUUAGACAUAACUACUGUGCUCCAUAUUUAAAGUUCAAAAAUUACACUUGAAGCAAGCGCAAAAGAAACAGUGUCAGUGCGUUCUUUUUCAGUUCACUCAGCAGAAAGUAGUUCACGAAAACAGCUGAAAAUAAAAGAAAUCAAAAUUAACCUACAAUAGUAAAGUAACGUGCAAAACACAACAAGCGCAGCAAGUGAGAGAACAAAAGAGAAGCAAAGUGAGAAGUGAGUUUACGGAAUAAAGAAAAAUAAAUCUCUUCCUGGUUUGUGCAAUCAGAAAGGUAGCACGAAAGUAGCAGCAGGUACUGCAACAAGCUCAUCUGCCGGCCAUUGUGCUGUUGUGUGGUGACUUCAACGCCAGUGUUGAAAGUUAAUCGUGCAUAAAAAGAAAAUAAGUAAUUAUCCUUUUAAAUAAGAAAAUUGAGGCAAAAAGAGAGGAGGCACACGGAGGUGCGGAGAAGCAAAAAAAUGUUCAACCAAGUUGAAAAUUGGGAAGAGCAAAGAAAAUAAUCGAUGUGCUACAAUUAUAAGUGAGAUAAUUCCGUUGUUUUUCUUUCCUCUCUUUUCCUUCCCUCAAUGCUUACAUUUGGACUCAUCACCAUCACACCACCCCCGAACGGUUGGUUGUCGGUUGAUUCUAUAACUAUCUUCGGCUAAUAUUCAUUUACGCUACUGCUUUUGGUUCCCGUCAUCGAAAUACAUCGGAACGGUAUUUUUUACUGUGUUUGCGGUUACCAUGGAGACUAGCUAUAACAGUGGAAACGGAGAAUUCGACGUCAAUAUGUUCGAUCAAUAUAUAUACAAGCGCAACGAAUCAAAUCUGGACGUAUCAUUAUCGGUGCCACACUACAAUGGCCAGCACGGGCACCAUUACAACAUGAAUGAUCACACGUUCCACACACCAUCAUUUGGAGACGAGGAAUUUGACAUUCCCAAUAUGAAUUCGCAUCUUCAUUCCCAACAUCAGCAGCAACAGCAACAGCAACAACAGCAGCAACAGCAGCAGCAGCAGCAACAACAACACCAGCAUCCUCAUCAAACGCAUCAAAUGGAGCAGCAUCAGUAUCAAAUGCACAAUAAUGGUCAGCCACCGCCUCAUAUGGGAAUGCUAAGUGACCAACCGCAGCAGCAACAAUACAAUCAAUGGCAUCAAGAUUCACAUUUAAAUCACCACAGUCCUUAUCCGAUGCAGUCACCGAAUCAGCCCACAUAUCACCAGCUGAACAGUCCUAGUCCUAACAAUCCGAAUGCAACCCUGCACGUACUUCAACCGCCGCAACAGUCGCCACAAAUGCCAACACAAAUGUCCCCACCGACGAGUACUGGUGCUCCUGUCGGUGGAUCUGGGGGUUUUGUGGGCCGGUCCCCUCCCCAGGCGGGUGGACACCAUAUAGCCAAUAACGAACCAGGAACAACUAGCGAAGAUAGCGAUGAUGCCAUUCCGACUAACACCCUGAAACGACCAUCACCUGAGCCGGUAUUUGACGGUGAUUCUAACAGGUCCAAAUCUCCUGCCGCCUCGUUAGCAAAGAAACCAAAGGUUGCGAAGAAAAAGAAGAAACGGGAUCCUAACGAACCUCAAAAACCUGUUUCCGCAUACGCCCUGUUCUUCCGAGACACUCAAGCUGCCAUCAAAGGUCGAAAUCCGAAUGCAUCGUUCGGCGAGGUGUCAAAAAUUGUCGCAUCCAUGUGGGACGUGUUAGCGACCGAGCACAAAAACGUUUAUAAGAAAAAAACUGAAGCUGCCAAAAAGGAAUAUCUGAAAGCAUUGGCAGCGUAUCGAGCGAGCUUAGUUUCGAAGGGUACGGAAGGAGAGCAGCAACAGCCGUCCCAGCAGCAGCAACAGCAACCAAUGUAUUCACCACCCCCACCAUCACAGCAACUUCCGCCUCCACAACAGCAGCAAAAUCACAUGGUAAACCACUCGCAACCGUCUCCACAGCAUGGUCAGCCGGUUCCACAAGUGAGUCCGCAUAUGCCCGGCCAAGGCAGUCAUAUGCCACCGCAGCCCAACAACUAUCCACCACCGUACGCAUCGCCGUAUAAAUCACCACAGCAGACCAUGAUGCAAAUGCAACCACAUCUUCAACAUCACAACCAGCCGCCGAUGCACCCGGGCCAGGCACAAGUACAACAACCGCCACACCACAUGCAAAUUAAUGCGAUGGCCGCCGCCCAGCAGCAGCAACAGCAGCAAAUGAUGGGUCAACAGCCACAGAUGGGAAUGUCACCACAACAGCAGCAUCAGCAGCAAAUUCAACAGAACCACCUCACCAAUGCAAACAUGAACGGAAUGAUGAACAUGGGUAUGACACCACCGCAGUCACACUACAUGAAUCAACAGUAUUCUCCGCACUUUGCAGAUGCACAGUCAGCAGCAAGGGCAACAGCACACUCAAGUUCCUGGGCAUCCGAUGCAGCAGCAACAACAACAGCAGCAGCAACAACCAGCGGGGGCGGGUGGUCACAUGAGCCCCCACCAGGUUGCUCCUCCGCUAUCCGGCAGCCCAACCCAGCAGAACGUAGUACCUCAACAGUGUAUUCGACACGGCUGCCAGAACCCAGCGAUCGUCAAUUCGGACUGGGAGGAUGAGUACUGCAGUAACGAAUGCGUCAUCACACACUGCCGUGAUGUCUUUGGGAACUGGGUGCAGACCAACAACUCGCAACAGCAAACAUACUCAGCUGUGAAGUAAUUUGCGUGUCAAUCUGUUAUAAUGAAGCAAAAACGAACAAGGGUGCAAUCCGCGCGAGGUUCCCGUUCAAAGCGUAACUACUAUGGAAAGUAUAAUGGAUUCGUAAUUAACUGUUAUUACUGGAAAAAUACACUUUUUACAAUGAUACAACUUUUAAUCUAAGAAUUAAAACACUGUAGUUGAUAAGAUAUACACAAAACAAACAAAUAAAAACAUGUAUGAAUUGAAUUCAGCAAUCACAUAAUGUAAUGAAUAAUGAAAAAUACUAUUUCAACGGAUAAGAAAGACAGCCAAAAGUUGCAAGCAAAUUUAGUAAAGACAAAGUUAAGACAGAGAUGUCCCAGAGAUCAAACUGGUUAGAUAAAUCAAGUUUCGGAAUUACUGUCGCUCCUAGUUUUUUUUGUUACGACCCAUAUUGUAAAUAGUUUUCGAAAUGAUUUCUUCCAAAAACCAAACCUUGGAAAUCCGCUCGAACGCAAGUAAUGAAUUAAAAAACGCAACGUGUAUACAAACUUAUACAAACUCUUUGUCUCUGUCAUACAAAACACAUUACCCGUGAGGCUGUAUAUUGUUAUUUCUCUUCUAAUUUAUCUCGAUGAUGUUGUUUUCGAUUAAUUUGUAUAAUAUUGAAACACGAUAGGCAAAUAAUUAAUUAUGUAAGUAGUUGUCGUUAUUAAAAACCAAGAAAUAAAUUACAUUGUAGCAUAGUGACACUCACACAACACAUACAAGCAAAAGCAGUAACUAUUGAAAGCAUUAAAGCAUACUGCAGUAUGCAACUGAUUUAGGUAAAUUUCGUGUAUGAUAGUGAAAAAAAAAAAAAAUCAAACUUAAAGCAACUUCCCUAAAUUUGCGUUUUGAAAGUAGGCAAUGCAUUUGCGAAACCCACGAUGAUGGUGUCAAACCUAAAGCAAAAGUCAAAUUGGAAGUUGGGGAUUUAUAACAACUAUUACUACUACUACAACAAAAACAACUAUUACUACUACUACAACUACUACUACAGAAACAUUUUAACGCAAUGUCAGUGCAAGCCAUCCUCAGUCUUAGCAUCAUCGUUUUAACUUCAUCAGCAAAACGGCAGUUACUCAAACGUGCAUCGUUGCUUUGCGCACUGCCAUUCACAACAAAACUGUUGCACUAAACCACGUCUAAUUGAAAAUAAACAAAAGUGCUACUGCAUGCAAUGGUGCCAAUUAAGGUUCUAUUGAUUGUCUCAACCUCAUAUAAGAUGAGAAGUGUAAAGUUCGCAAAAGAAAACAAAUACUAUGUUCAAACGGUACUUGCAAGCCGUCAAGGGAACAUAC